ACCGGUGCUGAUGGACCUCCCAGAGCGGCCCUCUUCCGGCUUCCUCUCCCUCUGCCGGGCGGUGGCCAGGUCCGUGACGUCACAGAAGGCAGGACCAGCGCCGCUGCCGGGUGCUGGAGGCGCCAUUGGAGCCGGCUUGGCUUGCGAGCUCCACUGAGGAGCUGGAGCUUGGGUCGCUGUUACAACCGCGACCGCUCUUGGUCCCUGGCCUGUCAGCGGCAUGGCGUGCGGGGCGACGUUGAAGCGGCCCAUGGAGUUCGAGGCGGCGCUGCUGAGCCCAGGUUCCCCGAAGCGGCGGCGCUGCGCCCCUCUGCCCGGCCCCACUCCGGGCCUCAGGCCCCCGGACGCCGAGCCGCCGCCGCCGCUGCUCCAGAUGCAGAACCCACCGCCGACUCUGCAGCAGCCCGCCCCUCCCGGCAGCGAGCGGCGCCUUCCAACUCCAGAGCAAAUUUUUCAGAACAUAAAACAAGAAUAUAGUCGUUAUCAAAGGUGGAGACAUUUAGAAGUUGUUCUUAAUCAGAGUGAAGCCUGUGUUGGAAUAAUAUGUGAGCGUCUCUUAAAAGACUAUGAAGAUAAAAUUCGGGAGGAGUAUGAGCAAAUCCUCAAUACCAAACUAGCAGAACAAUAUGAAUCUUUUGUGAAAUUCACACAUGAUCAGAUUAUGCGACGAUAUGGGACAAGGCCCACAAGCUAUGUGUCCUGAAGCUUUCUUGCAUAUCUGGGUACCAGGUUUGACCUCAAGAGAUGGCUGCUGUACACUUUUUGCAACUGGUUUGAUAUCACAUUUCAGCUCCAACUUUGCAUCCUGAGAACACUUAAAUGUUUCUGCAGGUCCAUUUUAUACAACUUGAAAGACCGUAAAACUUUCUGGUUGCCACAAGCAUAUCUUUCUUUUCUGCUCAUCCAAUAAACGGUUGUGCCCUACUGUGAUAGAUUUUCCAAACAUAAUACCUGGAGCAGCAGUUUAGCAAAAUAUGCCCUCAGUGGCACGCAACAAAUGGAGUUUCCCCAAGCACAGUUCUGUAAGAAGUGUGUGUGAGAGUGUGUGUAUAUGUGUGUAUGUGUAUUUUAAGUUAUUAUUUGUAUUGUGCAAAUUUUUUUGAUCUUGGGGAUCCUGGCUGUGAAUUUGAUGCACGACAAAUAUGGUUAAAAACAUUUGCUUGGUCUACAGAGGAUCAUUAAUGUUUUGUGACCAUAGAAGUUGUAACCGUGGGUUGUUUUAUGUGUAGGUAUUACUGUUAAAUACAGGGACUGUAUCCAGGCACAGAAUAUGAAUCAUAAGUUAGGAUGGACAUUACAUGUGAUUAUAAUGAUAUAGCAAAGGUCUGUGGUUCUAAGUCUACAAAUGCACGGUGAGGAAUUAGGACAAACCGGAGACGGGCCAUUUGAUACAAGGACUCUGCCUAGCCGUGUUACACCAAUACUUUGACUCCAAGCCUUAAAAUACCCACAUGGAGUCUGUGCUCACCUCAUUCACACAAAGAGCUCCCUGGACACUGAACCUCUGAAAAGAGAAAGUCUCCCCUGGAGCUGGACCAUCACAUAGGGAGCACGGGGCUGGGCCAGGCCCCAUGGCACUGCUACUUGGGGGGAGCCGCUUCACCUUUCUAUCAGUUAGAUGUAGAUUGGAUUCUUUGGUCCGCUUCCCCCAAAUUCUUUUGAGAGGUGCCCGUGUUCAACUGCUUGAUCUUUGUUUUGGCGACCCCUGCCCGAAAUUGCUUACAGACAGCUCUUCACCUUGUUGCCAGGGCUGAGGAACAGAAAGCAGCCUCUGUUUUGAGGAGGUGGCAGUUAAGUAUACAUUUAUUUUUUACUGUGACUUGUUCAGGACCACAUUUUACAAAAUGCCUUGUUUCAUUUAUUAUUGUUUCUGGAAAGUUCUAAUAAAAUUGUUUUAGUUUGAAUAUAGAAUAGUUUUUUUAAUUAGGGCUUAUUUUGAAAAAUUCUGAGGGUUAAUUCAAAUGUAUGCCAAUACCUUCCAAAGUAAGGUAAUAUUCAGAGACAGUUCUGAUCAGAUGGCUUAGAGAAAUUUCUGGAAUAUUCACAUUGGAAGAUUCCUUGUUAAUGAAUGUCUUUGACUUAAAUCUAACCAAAAACUGCAAUGUUAUUCUUUGUACAUUUUCAUUAUAUAGUGUUAACAAGCUUAGUUGCAAACAAAUAAAAUACUUAAGCUAUUUGUU